AAUGAGGAUUAAAUCCCGAGGCUGAUAAACAAGACGGUGUUGUAUAAGCGAUUCAUUCGGUGUGUCGGUUAAUCUGAAGAACAACCUGCAUAAAUUGAACGGAUGAAUUGGGAAUUGUUUUUAGGACUCAUAAUAAACCGGAUUAUUUGUGCUGUGUAAAGGACGACCCAGACCCAGAUUCGGACGUUACCAUGGUGUGGCUGUACACAACGGUUUCCUUAACCCUUCUCUUAGGCUUUGUGACGGCUGGACAGCCCAAAAAUGGAGCCCCAGUUUUCCUGGACAGGAAGGAGGCCAGUGAAGUCAUAAGCCGUCAGAAGAGAGAGAAUGCAGGAGAUGAGGAGAGCAGGCUCCCUCACAACCUCGAGCGAGAGUGUCUGGAGGAAGUGUGCAACUAUGAAGAAGCCAGGGAGGUGUUUCAGGACACUUAUCGCACUGAUAUCUUCUGGUCAGUGUACAUAGACGGAGAUCAGUGUAUAAACCAGCCGUGCAAAAACGGUGCUAUGUGCUCAGACAGCGUCGGUGGUUAUGACUGCAUCUGCAAAUCAGGAUUUUCAGGAGUUCACUGUGAAACAGAUCAGACGGUGUGCAUCAUUGAUAAAAACAAAGGAUGUAGUCAGUUCUGUAAACCUGGCUACCAGUCGUAUGAGUGUUCCUGCGCUUACGGAUGGAAGCUGCAGCAGAAAGAGAAAUGUGUGCCUGCUGUGCAAUACCCAUGUGGGAAGGUGAGCAGUUUGCGCCAGUGGGACAGCCGGCAGUCCAGCAACGUCCGCUCAAACUAUGAAGGUCUGGAUUGCAAUGCCGAAGAAUGUCCGUGGCAGGCCCUGCUGCGAAACAGUGGGUCGAGUGGGUUUUGCAGUGGCGUUAUCGUCAAAGAGAACUUUGUACUGACCACUGCACAGUGUGCACAGAAACAUACUGACUUCCAGGUGGCUUUGGGUAAGAAGGUACCUUCCUAUGAGCCUGGUGAACAGACCCUGUAUGUAAAGAAGGUGCACGUUCAUCCACUUUAUAUGGAGGGAAAAGCAGAAAACGACCUGGCGGUCAUCGAGCUGAAAGACAAGAUUAUCUUUAGGAAGACGAUGUUGCCGGCCUGUUUGCCCGAGAGAGAUUUUGCAGAUAGUGUUUUGAUGUCGGAGGAGAACUUGGCCGUGGUCACUGGUUGGAAAGACGCGUCCGAGUUUCAAGGAAACCUCAGGCUAAACCACCUGUCUUACAGCAAACUGCCAACUUGCAUGGAGCGUCACUCGGGGCAGAUUACCAACAAGAUGGCCUGCACCCUGCCACGUCCCAAAGCAGAUUGCGUCUUUGGCUCCGGCAGUCCCGUCCUCACCUUGUACCGAGACGUCUUCUUUCUCACCGGCAUAGUGAGCCAGUCUCAAGGGAUGGACUGUAACAACGGUUACGUCUUUCAGAAGGUGUCUCGCUUCCUUCCUUGGUUGAAGACUAUAAUGGGCUCUUUAUAAAACCAGUAGAUCGAAACUCUACGGAAACCGCGUGUCUGUUAUCUUCCGUCAACCAAUCCUAGUGAUUUUCCAGAGCAUGUGCUUGAUAUUUCUCCAACAAUCUUUAAUUCCUAUAGUAAAUCUCAUACACACGUCUAUAAUGCAGCACUUUACAUAUACAUAUAUGGACAUACAUACAUUUUUCUAUAUGUUUAUUCUUUCUUUGGAAUGAAAUGAGACAUCAAUAUAGUAUGAAAUGACACAUAUGCUCUGGAUAGUAUAGUAUGUUAAGAUUUAAUGAAAGAGAUAGGAAACAAUUUAAAAUAAGGGACAAUGACACACAGGUCAUGUGAUCAGCAAUGUGAUAAACAACUCAAAGGCCAGAAGUUGGGAAACAAGAUACAGAAGCUUGGUCAAACCAGAAAGUCAGAAACAAACAUAAAGCUUGGGAGUAUGGGUGCAGGUCAUUGGGAAAGAUUGUAUUCACAAGUUAAACCCACUUCAAAGUCGUAAUUCCAGGCAGAGAAAUGGGAUUUUCUUAGUUGGAAAACUCAGAGUUUUCUGAGUUUUCAGAUAACAUAACAGAAACAACAGAUGCAGUGUUUGUACUGUAACUGAGGGUAAAUCUGUUGAAAAUGAACGUUUACUCGUCUCAGAAGCUGAAGUUAUUGAAUCACAAGCAAAUUGAUUCCCAUGAGAAAUGGUUUAAUAUGGAGCGAUAAAGUUAACAGCAGCUUGAUGAUUUUAUAAAACACAAAAAAAAAACGAAAGUAAAACACACCCGAUGUGUUUAAAUUCUUUAUUUUUUAUUUUCUAGAAGUAGAGUUAUGAAAUCUGGCUGUAUUUUUUUUGUAGUUAAUUAAGAAAAGCUGCACCUCCAUCUCACACAUCCAUCUCACACCAAAGCACCCGAUGUCGUAAUUUCGACUUCCUUACACGUCACUAACUAAUGCCGACUCACUUAGAUAAAAUGCAACAAAAUAAAGAAAAUAACUGCUGUACUGUGUCUUAUGAAGGUGUAGGAUGUUGAAUGAAAUAUUUGGUCAUGUAAUAUAUGCUCCUACACUAUGUAGUACAGUCUGUUUAUGUAUACAGUGUAUAAUUUAACACCUAACUCUAUUGGUGUGACGUUAUUAUAGUAUUAAACACUUCCUGUAACUGGCUAAUAAACCCAAUGAACCAAAUAAAU